CGAUGUAACAAAUCCAGUCAUUCUGUGUACGAUAUUCGUAGAGUGUCACUAGUCUCAGGAUUUUCAGGAUGAGAACCACAAUUGUGCUACUCGGAUUAAUUGUGGCAGUUGCCUUUGCAACUGAAGAACAACCCGCAAAGCUGGAGGAUGAGCUGAAGGAGGUGUCAGCAGCAGCCCCCACUGACUUGGUCAGAGAUAAGCGGACACUAAAAGUCCUGCUGAAGAAGAAACUUGGACUCCUUGGCGGAGGUCUCGGCGGUUUUGGAGGUGGCGGAUAUGGCGGUGGUGGAUAUGGCGGUGGUUACAAAAGCUACGGUGGUGGUGGUGGAUGGGGAGGAUCUGGAUACGGAGGAGGCUGGGGAGGAUCCGGAUAUGGAGGCGGAUGGAGUGGAUACGGCGGUGGACAUGGCGGUGGAUAUGGUGGUGGAUAUGGUGGUGGAUACGGUGGUGGACACAGCGCCAAGACCAUUGUAGUCCAUGUUCAGCCAAGCUACAGUAGUUAUGGCGGUGGUCACGGAGGAUACGGUGGUGGUGGCUACAGUGGUGGAUACGGAAGUGGAUGGACCGGUGGUCAUGGUGGCGGAUGGAAUAGCUACGGUAGCGGCUACGGCGGCGGAUAUGGAGGCGGUUAUGGUAGCGGAUGGAAUACCGGUGGAUAUGGUAGUGGAUGGAACACCGGUGGAUGGAGUGGUUCCGGAAGCGGCUGGGGUGGUUCCGGAAGCGGCUGGAGUUCCUGGUAAUGACUCACCAUCGCAACUUAUUUAUUAAGUACAACACAAAUAAACAAUCAAGAGCCAGUAAUAGAUCUUGAUAUCUUGAUCUUAAGACACUACUGUACAAACUGCCAUUUUGUAUAAAAUCAAAACACAGAACUUUUUUUUGUAAAAUAAAGUCUACAUCGAAGAGCUUAAAAGACACAGAACAAA